AUGCGACGAGAUGAAAUCCGCCGCCUUUCACGCGGCACCCCGUUCCCGUGGACAGUGUCCCUGUAGUCCUCGAGCUGCGCGCUCCUUCCCUCUUCCUUUUGAGCGCGCUCCCGGCGGAGGGAGACGUCAGUCCAGCUGCAUGUGCCGCUGCUCAGCGCCAUGAGGAUGAGCGCGCAAUGAUGAAGCUACGGGGGCCGCGGAUUCCGGGAUGCGGGUCCAUUUUCUGCGCGUCGGACCGCCGUUCGCGGACCUCCAGUGAGCGGCUCGCGAUGUAGGGAUACGCGGCUCGCGUGACCUCGCGCGUCAACUGCUUUUUAUGUCCAUUUCCUUGAAAGAAUUUCUGCGCGGAGCCACAGAUCCUGCGCGCGGCGCUCAUUUCCUCCCGAACGGAACGGAGUAUCUAGAAAAGUCAAUCAUCACCAGGCGCGCGUGGAUUAUUUUACAAGGUCAAGGAGGGAAAGAGAUCGGCGCGACGACUGACAAAAGAGGGCAGCUUCUCAUUCUACGCCGCACGAAGGGGCAGAAUCCCUCUGUCCCCCAUCCCCACUGAGGACGCCAUGCCCUCUGCACCCUUCACCUGGCCUCUGGAGACGGACCUUCCACCCCGGUAGGAUGCUGACCCUUGCCCGGCCCCUCUUUCCCGCCACUCCGCCUACUCCACCUGCUCCUGUCUCCACGCUCCCAUCCAAGGGUGCAUCAUCGCUCCGCCAUGAAGGAUGAGGUCAUCAACAGCAAUGCUGUGGCCUGGCUGGUCUGCUCGGGGUUCUCCAUCCUGGCCAACGCCUGGGGCAUCCUGUGUGUGAGUGCCAAACAGAAGAAAUGGAAGCCCCUAGAGUUCCUCAUCUGCACGUUGGCUGGAACCCACAUCCUAAACAUGGGGAUCCCUAUCACCAUGUACUCCAUCAUCCAGCUACGCCGCCAGCACUCCACCUACGAGUGGAAUGAGGGGCUCUGUAAGGUCUUCGUCUCCACCUUCUACACCCUGACCCUAGCAACCUGCUUCUCCGUCACCUCCCUCUCCUACCACCGCAUGUGGAUGGUCCGCUGGCCAGUCAACUACAGGUUGAGCAACACAAAGAAACAGGCUGUGCACACCGUGAUGGCCAUCUGGAUGGUCUCCUUCAUCCUGUCGGCGCUGCCUGCCGUGGGCUGGCACGACACCACCGAACGCUUCUACAUGCAGGACUGCCGCUUCAUUGUCACGGAGAUCGGCCUGGGUUUCGGUGUCUGCUUCCUGCUGCUCAUUGGUGGUAGUGUGGCCAUGGGCGUCAUCUGCAUUGCCAUUGCCCUCUUCCACACCUUCUCCAUGCAGGUGGGCCGUAAGGCCGACAAGAACAAGUUCAACGUGCCCACGAUCGUGGUGGAAGAUGCGCAGGGAAAGCGGCGCUCCUCGAUCGAUGGCUCCGAGCCCAUCAAAACCUCCCUACAGAUCACCUACUUGAUCAGCGGCAUUGUCUUCAUCUAUGACUUCCUCACAGGGUUCCCCAUUCUGGUGGUGAGCUUUGCCAGCCUGAAAUACGAUCGGUCCUACAACUGGAUGGUGCUCUGCGUGCUCUGGUGCUCCAUCGCCCAGUCCAUCUUGCUGCCCAUGUUCCUGUGGGCCUGCGAUCGCUACCGGGCCGACGCCAAGACCGUGUGGGAGAAGUGCGUGGCCAUCAUGUCCAACGAUGAAGUCGAGGAUGAAAACAGCCAGGAUGGAGGAAUUCAUCCGGACUUAAUAUUUGACAGGCCGUAUGACAAUAGCUCCACUGCUGAUAACAUGACGGUAGACCGUAUUGCCAAGUACGAGUUCUCCACCUUAGAAAGGGGUGUCCCCCAGGGCUACCCACUGAGAGAACAACAGGAGGAUAAAAUGCAGUAUCUGCAGGUGCCUCCUACGAGAAGGUAUUCCCACGACGAAAGCGACAUGUGGACCACUGGCCAGAUCCCUCCAUACCUCCACCGCUGGGGAUCUACAGAGGACAUGAUUGCCGUCUCCCACUACAGCGUGCCCCUGCAGGAGCGCCGGCGUCGCAGCCUGGCCUCCCCGCAGAAGGAGAGGGGCCCAAGGCGUGCACGGCGGGCCUCUGAGGAUAUAGUGCACUCGAGCAGACCGACCCCCUGGACGGAGCCCCGGCAAGAGGACUUAAAGUGCUUCAGCAGGGACGAGGUGGUGAGCUUCAUCGACGAGACGCCGCUGCCCAGCCCACGGAGGAGCCCCCGGCGGGCUUCAGCCCUCUCCCUUGUUGGUGAUGCCCACGAGCACCGCAUCUCACUCUGCACGCACUUUGCGCUCACCGACUUCGAAUGUGAGCCACAGGCCCUGCGUCGCCCCUCGGACGCAACCGGGAGCUCCCCCUCGCCGGAGGGUAGCCGACGUGCAGAGCUCGGCUCUGCUGCCUGUAGCCACAGGAAGGGCUGCGAAGAGCAGCGUGACAGCAAGCAGUCUCCCAGACUGAUCCCCACCAGCCAAACAUCGUGGACUGGAGACCAGUCCUCCCAGAGACCCAAAACUGGCUGCGAAGUCCAGGACCGCCAGACAUCAGUGGAAAACAAAGGAAGCACAAAUAGUUUUUUAAGCUCACCUUCAGCAUCCUCUGGAUAUAGAACAUUUCAGUCUGAUUCUGUAGAAUCCACCAGCUAA